AUGUCUGGUUCAUCGUCGAUAUAUAAGGCCUCCUCUGCCUUGAAAAGUAUUCUUUUUCAAUGGAAGUGUGAAGUAUCUGAUCCAUUCCCUCUAUCGGAGGCAAAGAUUUGGUUAAGACGUUAUUUUAUUGCACAUUACGGAGAUACUCAUAAAGUCGGGGAUUUUCUUUCAUUUCUCCUACAGCAUAAAUAUGUCAAAGUAGUGUGCUACGAAAAGUCAGAUUGUCCGCUUUACUUUCUAGAUGAUGCUUCCUUGACAAAAUCGGAAAAUGCCUGUGAUGUAAAUUUGAAAUCAAAUGUCGCCAUAACCGAUCAACUGCAAAUAGGAAUUUUCUAUCGUUCUCUUGCGAUUAGCCUUAUUGACAGAAUUAUUUCGAGUUUGCCACAUCGGAUAAGAGGUGAACUGCAUCCCUUUUUACACUAUAAUUCCCAUGUCGUCCGACAAAUUGCAAAGUUUCCGUCACUUGAUUCCUGUAAAUACUGUUUUGAAUGGCUAGCAACUUGCGGAAAGAAUGUAUACAAUAAUAGCUUUGGAUUCGGUCACAACGUUGAUGUCGAUUUAAUAGCGCAAUUAGAUUAUUUGGCAAAGUGUUCCAAAAGUCGAGCGUUGCCGAAAGAUAAUAGGCUUGUCCUUCUCUCUUCUCUUAUUGAGUCAUCUCUCCAAAUUUUAAAAGGUUUCGGAGAUAUUUCUCCUCCACAUCAAAUGACCUUGCGACUUGUUGACUUUCUUCUUCGCUAUCAUGAAAAAGUUAAAUCAAAGGGGGAUGCUUUUUCUUCUGAGGUUCUAACAGUUAAUCGAGUCAGACAUUCGUCGUCUCCAAUGAAUUCUCCUUUAAAAUCUCAUGGACAAACGGUCUCUCGAUCCAGUUCUGUUUCUCCUAAGCCAUUUCAACGAUCAAAAACCCUUAUUGAUCUCAAUUUUAAUUCAGCUAAUCGCCGAGGUGUGAGUCUGUUGCCUGGACGUCUAGUGAAAUCUCGUUCAGCAGUUUUCAACUCCAUAGAAAUGAUCGAGCAAACUUUGCGUUUGGCCAGUAUUCUUUUACCUCCAAAAAUCUGCUACACUAUAGCAUACUUUUCCUCAGCUCUCAUUAACAUCUAUUUUUGUGUUGGAGGGGAUGUUUCUACCCAGGAUUUCUACCCUUUAUGCAAUCCUGAAUAUCUCUCUAGUUCAGUGACAUCAGUUCUGUUCACCAAGACCUCGGAGAGAACAGAAAUGAAUACCGGUUCUAAUAUCAUGGAAUCGUUACUUCUCAUUCUCUUUUCUUCGCGUGCUCAAGAUGUGUAUCCACCCAAACUGCUUCAAGACCUUAUUGACCUCUCCAAUCCUCCAUCCUCACUCAAGAAAAUAAAGGAAAAUAUAGAAGUUGAUAAACAAGUGAAUGAGGUUAAGUCUCCUAUUCCCUUGAAGUCCGCAAUGUCCCAUUUGAACAUUCAAAGUCCGUCAUUGUCAUCAUCAUCGUCUAAACCCUUGAAAGCGAUACAUUCUGAAAGUACUCCUAAAAUGAGUACUGGUGACAACAACAAAAAUGUGACGUCUUCUAUUGACUUGAUCUCUGAACUGGCGACAAAGAAAGGAUUGAUGAAUCUACUCAACAGCAUUUUGGUGGAUCAGUCAAUUGAUUUGAAAACGAAAUAUGGCUAUCUUACUCAGUUCAGACAAAAUCAUUCGGAGAUAUUCUUGAAACGAUUUACAAAUCAGGAAACAGCAGAUGCCUAUAUGGAUCGUAUGCUUCGGAAAGUGAACGAAAACUCGAAGAACCAAUCUUCAAUGAAUUCAACUAGUAGGCUCUCUAAAGCUAUUAAUAAGCUGCCUUGGUCAAAAACAACCCCUAAGUCAACUAAAUGA